AUGGCCAGACUAAAUAAGCAGAAGGUGGGCACGACGACCCCGAAAACGCCCAAAGGCGGGAGCACGGCGUUCAAGAACUCGCCCGCCAGCAGCAAGAAGGUGACCCCGAAGCGAGGCACAGAAACCCCCAAGGUGAAGAGCACAGCCAGCGUCACGUCCGGGCUGGUGAGAAACCAGCCUGGCGACCCGAUCGACCUCAAGACACAGAAAAAGCGGUUCAAGCCCGGCACCGUGGCAUUGCGCGAGAUCAGACGGUUCCAGAAGUCCACCGAGCUGCUCAUACGCAAACUCCCCUUCUCCAGACUGGUUCGCGAGAUUGUCCAGGACGAGUUUGGAUCAAGCACGUAUAGAUGGCAGUCGGUGGCAGUGCUGGCGUUGCAAGAGGCCGUCGAGGCGUACCUGGUGCAUCUUUUCGAGGACACCAACCUGUGUGCGUUGCAUGCGAAACGAGUCACGAUAAUGCAAAAGGAUAUUCACCUGGCCAGAAGAUUGCGCGGAGACUGA